UGUAGUAUAGGCUCGUCCAGGCUAUAUGGUUUAGUUGGAGGACAGGAUCAGGUAAAUAGGGCCCCGAUCAAGGCCAGACCUUCCAACGAAAAUGCUGCUCAGCGAAGAUUAGAAUUCGAUCAACCGGAAUAUAAUUAUAGAAUGCCUGUUACCAAACAACAAACAGCAGCAGCUAUUGGUAACAAAUACCCCAUCGUGGUGGACAAAUGGAACAUCUCCUUCGAUGGAAGAUCAGAUGGAUUAGACGUUGAAGACUUUAUAUUCAGAACUGAACAUCUUCAACGUGUAUACGGGUGUCCCUGGAGUGAAGUGAUCCGUGACUUCCAACUUCUACUGAAGGGAGAUGCAAAAGAGUGGUUUUGGGUGCUGAUAGCAAACCAAGAUAUAUAUAAUUGGACUGAUCUAAAAGAGGCCUUAAUGCAACAAUAUAAAUCAAGUCGUAGCCAGUAUGAAUAUCUCCGAGAUUUAGAAGUAAGGAAACAGAAAGUAGGUGAAUCAAUUGAUGACUAUUUUCAUGCAAUGAAAAAGCUUAGGUCAAAAUUAAGAACACCACUGCCAGAAACAGACAUGAUAAGGAUCGUCAAGAGAAACUUGCGUCCAGACCUAUCCCAUAUUAUAUAUGCCAUGAAAAUAUACACCAUUGAUCAAUUGAGAGAUGAAUGUAAGGAAUUAGAGAAAAAUUAUUUAAAAAAGGAGAAAUACUCUAUCCCAACUGUCAAAAUUCCACAGCAAACACGCCGCCAAUAUCCGGUGAACGAGGUUUAUCUGGAUGAACAGCUGGGAGAUCAAAUGGACGAAGAAUUAAUAAUAGUCGAAGAGGUGAACCAAAAACGGACAGCGGAAAAGAGAGAGAGUACACUUACCUGUUGGAACUGUCAAGCCUCCGGGCAUACGUAUUUCGAGUGUCCAGUCCCACAGCGUAAUCUCUUCUGUUACAGAUGCGGAUGUCCAGGGGUUACCUGCCCCACCUGCCCGAAAUGUCUGGGAAAUGGAAUGAAGGGCGUGUGGAAGUCGGGGGAGACGCGCUCUGUGAUUGCUCCCGACCAAUAA